AUGAAGUGGCUCCACCUGCUGCUGUGUGUUACAUCGGUCCUCGGGAAGGACACUCCAUCUCCCGCAAGAGCGCCAACAUGGAAGCUCAGCGAUGGAAACGUCAUGCCGCGCUUUGGUCUCGGCACCUGGUUGGGUUUUAUCGAAAUGGGUCCUAAAGAGGAAGUCCAUGGUGCAGUGGAAGCAGCCAUCGACGCAGGCUACAGACUCAUAGACACGGCUAGCAUUUACAACACAGAGGAACAAGUAGCGCUGGGACUGAAGAAGAAGAUUGAUGAGGGUGUCGUUAAGAGAGAGGAGAUGUUCAUCACGACUAAGGACACUCCAUCUUCACCAAGAGCGCCAACAUGGAAGCUCAGCGAUGGAAACGUCAUGCCGCGCUUUGGUCUUGGUACCUCAUUAGGUUUAAUUCCAAAGGGUCCUAAAGAGGAAGUUCGUGGUGCAGUGGAAGCAGCCAUCGACGCGGGCUAUAGACUCGUAGACACGGCCAGUUUUUACAAAACAGAGGAUGAAGUAGCGCUGGGACUGAAGAAGAAGAUUGAUGAGGGUGUCGUUAAGAGAGAGGAGAUGUUCAUCACGACUAAGGACACUCCAUCUUCACCAAGAGCGCCAACAUGGAAGCUCAGCGAUGGAAACGUCAUGCCGCGCUUUGGUCUUGGCACCUGGUUGGGUUUAGUUCCAAUGGGUCCUAAAGAGGAAGUCCAUGGUGCAGUGGAAGCAGCCAUCGACGCGGGCUACAGACUCAUAGACACGGCUAGCAUUUACAUCACAGAGGAACAAGUAGCGCUGGGACUGAAGAAGAAGAUUGAUGAGGGCGUCGUUAAAAGAGAGGAGAUGUUCAUCACGACUAAGGUCUGUUUCUCUGGAACUUUAACUUAUUUUGAUAUCACUAAAACAGAAAGAGAAACAGACCUUAGUCGUGAUGAACAUCUCCUCUCUUUUAAGGACGCCCUCAUCAAUCUUCUUCUUCAGUCCCAGCGCUACCUGUUGGAGAACCAGAAAUAUAUUGCUAUAUAUAGAAAGAAUCAGAUAGUGUUUUAUGAGGACAAACAGAAAAUAGUGUGA